ACACAACUUAGAACAUUCAGUUCUCAGCAGGCUGUGUACAGCAGAGUUGCCAAAAGCGUACACCCAGAUGCUUACUGCUUUAAACAUGCCGAAGUGUUUUCUCGUUAUAAAAACAAACGAUUUCAUUCUAACCAAGGAAAAAAGGGAUAUCUUCCAUGCACCCAAUGGACUGUUUUCCUGGAGGAAAAUCUAAAUUUAUAUAGAUAUAUUUCACUAUUCGUAUUUAUUUCGGAGUUGGUGGUAACCCAGGGCUUCUUAGUUAUCUUAAUUAGAUUUUUUUCGUUCGCUGAAGAGUCAGCAUUUCUGCCAGACGAUCGCUAGAAAACUGUGACAACUUUAAUUUAGUUGAUAAAAUACGUAGUCUGAUUUUUUGAAGUCGGAAGACAUGGAAUCUACAAAAGCUGGCGGAGUGAUAGCGUACAUCCGCUCCUCGAGCUCCAUCUCCGGCUCGGAGUCCUGUCACAGCGACAGCUCCAACGGCAGCUUCCAGUCCUCGUCCCCGCCCCUCCACCUGUCCCCGAGCCGGAAGCCGGGCGCGCCGCACGGCGCGCUCCGACACGCCCAGCCCCGCGCGCACGCCACGGAGAAGCCCGGACGCGCGGGCCCCGCCGCUAGGUGUGGCAUUACCAAGAUCAACGGCAUGGUGCUGUUGUGCAAGGUGUGCGGUGACGUGGCGUCGGGCUUCCACUACGGGGUGCACGCCUGCGAGGGGUGCAAGGGCUUCUUCAGAAGGAGCAUUCAGCAGAACAUCCAGUACAAGAAAUGCCUGAAGAAUGAGAGCUGCCCCAUCAUGCGCAUGAACAGGAACCGCUGCCAGCAGUGCAGAUUCAAGAAGUGCCUGUUCGUGGGGAUGUCCAAAGACGCGGUGCGCUUUGGCCGCAUCCCGAAGCGGGAGAAGCAGAGGAUGCUGCUGGAGAUGCAGAGCGCCAUGAACAACAUGAUGAGCAACGGCCAGCUGCACUCCGCCCUGACACCGCCCCCGCCCUACCUCGCCGAGCCCGCCCCCGAGGACUCCGGCUCCGCCUCCUGCUCGUCGGCCUCGUCGCCCGAGCCCCAGGUCGCCAUGGACACUUCCUCGGGCUCCCCCUCGUCCUGCUCCUCGGACAGCGGGGAGGAGGAGGUCAUCGGCACGGUGACCAGGGCGCACAAGGAGACCUUCAUGUACAACCAGGAGCAGGCCGGCUCGCCCGCCGAGGCCCCUCCCCCCGCCGCCGCCGCCGCCGAGCGAUCGAGAGAGAGCGGCACAGAGGAGCAGAGGGAGAGCUGGAACCGGCAGAACGACCGCGCCACGGUCGCGGGCCGGCACCUGCCCAGCGGCUCGGUUCUGCUGGGGACCAGCUACCCCGCCCACCAUUACAGCCACGUCCCCCUGGGCCGCAGCGCAGCCUAUGCACACAGCGUGCCCCACAGGGGCAGCAGCAUCGCAGAGCCCAUGACUAACUGCGCUUUCAGUGGGCCGGUGUGGAGUCAAGGCAACAGGAUGCAUCUGGUGUGUCCCAUGGGCAUGUCUCCGUACGUGGACCAGCACAUGUCCAGUCACCAGAUCUGGGAGGAGUUCUCCAUGAGCUUCACGCCGGCCGUCCGCGAGGUCGUGGAGUUCGCCAAGAGAAUACCGGGAUUCCGUGACCUCUCGCAGCACGACCAAGUCAGCCUGCUGAAGGCCGGAACAUUCGAGGUGCUAGUGGUACGUUUUGCGUCCCUGUUCGACAUAAAAGAGCGAACGGUGACCUUCCUGAGUGGUAAGAAGUAUAGCUUGGAAGCUCUCCGCUCCAUGGGCGCUGGGGAGCUGCUGAACUCCAUGUUUGAGUUCAGCGAGAAGCUGACCGCCUUGCAGCUGAGCGAGGAGGAGAUGAGCCUCUUCACCGCUGUCGUCCUGGUCUCUGCUGAUCGCUCAGGGAUCGAGAACGUGAACUCGGUGGAGGCGCUCCAGGAGACGCUGAUCCGGGCCCUCAGGAGCCUGAUCACCAAGAACCACGCCAACGAGGUGGCCACCUUCACCAAGCUGCUCCUCAAACUGCCCGACCUCCGCUCCCUCAACAACAUGCACUCUGAGGAGCUGCUGGCUUUCAAAGUGCACACCUGAACUGGCCCCCCCUCACCGCUUUCUCUUCUACAUUCCAGCGACUGUAUAAAACACAGCUAUUGUUUUAGUUUUGCUUUUUUAUUUCUAAUUUCUCUACAUUGGUUUGAGGACAAAAGUGAGGAAAGGGGGAGCAUUAAAAAAAAAAAGAAAAUCGUUGUACUGUAUGACUGGUCAACCUGCCGUGGUAAAAAUGCACUCGCACAAACACACUCGCACUUACGUGUGUGUGACGUGUACAAGGAUUCGAGUUUGAAAAGCACCUUCUAAGAUUUUGGUGAGUGAGAAAAGGCUCAUCUUAAUUGUGAGUAGAGUUGAAGCUCUGUGUUUGAUUUUUCGUAGUCUCUAGCAGUUUCAGAACACUUACGUUGUUUUUUCCAAAGUGUAGUGCACGUAGGCAGUUUGAAUGUGGCAUGUAUUCAGGUGCUUUAAAAUGGAGGAGUAUAUUUGAAAAUUAGGUUUAAACUGAUGCUGAAAUUACAAAACCUUACUUGUAAGCCUGGCUGCUUCGGAGUGAGGGUAUAAAAUGUGUUGACCUCUCCAAAAAAAUGUAAAUGAAAAAUAUAGAAUGUGCUAAUAAUUGCUGCUAAUGCAUGGCUAUCUGCUAUCCUGUAUGACAGCUUGUUUUUCUUGCACUGCCUGUUGUCCAGAGAACGAGCUUGUCUGGCAGGACAUUUUAACUUUCAAUGACAUAUCAUUGAAUUUGAUGUUAAUUGUGCAAUGUUGUACAAGUUUACUAUAAUUAUUGUUCAUAUAUUUUUAGUUUCUUUUCUGGAUGUAAUGAAAGGCUGGCAACAUUUGACUGGUUGUGAAAAACUGAACAUCGGAAUAGCUUUGUUCUACACUGCCCCCUGGUGAGAAAUCACUAUAACUACAGAUAUUAGUGUCCCUGGGGCGCUUUGGAAUGUCGUCGAUCAAAAUCCAGCCUGAGCCAGUACUGUUUUUCACUUUUAUGCCUAAAUGUAUGAAGCACAUAUGUAAGUUUAACACGCCUGUGUCUCUGACUACUGUGUGAAGCUGUGGGGUGGUGAACAUGGUGUUGGACUGUGGGGAGGGGACUGGAGACAAAGAUGCUAGGUGGUUUCUUCCACAGUCUCUCCAGGCUGUCUUAGCAGGUGCCAUUCUGAGAGCCAUGGCAGGGCAGGUGCUGCUGCAUUUAGUCCUGUCCUCACCACUCGUUCGUUUCUUAUUUUACAAGUAAACAGUGUAAAUCACAAGCAUAUAUGCACAUGUAGAAAAGCACCACGUGCACACGGAGGGAAGGGAAGGACGUUUGGACCAGUUACGUGCAUGGAUGUUUCAGGGACCGUGUCCAGUACUGGGGAAAUCAUCCUGCCUGUCAAUCACUGAAACAGUGGGAGGAGCUCAAACGGAAAAAUUCGGACCAACUUUAUCUGAAGACGGAUGUUACGAAUCUUUCCUUGAAGUCGUUAAUCUGUCCUUUCAAAGAAGGCCAUGCUGACGUGCGUCAGGCUCCGCACUGGACCACAGGAACAUUCUGGGGCCAUUUUACAGUUAUCCCGAGGUCAGUCCUCCCCUAUUGCCCCAACAGACUGUGCUUGUUACUUUCCACACCAUGAUCUGUCCCUGUUUCCUUCUGUGAACGCAUUGUAGUAUACAUAGAUUUAUAUAAAUAUCUAUAUAAAUAAAUAAAAUAUGAAUAUAUAUGAAUAAACAUAUUAUGCAAA